CAGCUCUCCACCUCCGCACUCCUAUCAUCGCCCUUCUGUUUAAUUAUCCAUCACGCGGAUUAUCCCCUCGCACAGGGCAGAAAACAUCAAUAUGGGACUCAUAACCCGCACCCUGAAGCUAGGGACCUACACGGGCCUGGCGUCUCUCGGCGCUUUCUUCGCCUACACGCGCAAUGACCGCUUCGUGGACAUGCCCCCGACCGACCCGAUCUUUAACCACCCUCUCUACGCCAAAUUCAACCCGUCCAAGAACCCGACUACGCACGACCUUUGCAUUCGCCGCGUUCCACUUUCCGAGAUCAACCCGUCACUGCUCGAGAAGAAGGGGAAGCUCGUUGAGGCGUUCUGCGCGGGUGUGUGGAGUGGCUGGGGCUACGCCUUCCAACGGUCCUACCUCUCGCGCAAAUACGAAGCCGCCGAUACCGCGUCGCACUUGUGGACGACUGAGCAGCUAGCUUCUUCGACCUACGAUGUUGGUACAUUGAUUACGGAUCAUUUCGAAGUCGUGGAAAAGACGAACGAUCGGAUUGUCGUUCGUUGCGGUGACUCGCCCCGCCGACAGGGCGUGCGUGCUUCGGAUGGUCUCUUUGAGAUCUCUGCCGUUGUGAAGCCCGAGGAGGGUGUUGCCGAGUUCGGACUCAAGAGCUGCUUCUAUCAGGGACUGGGUAAGGCGGAGGGAACACCGAUGCCGCCUCAUAUCACCUGGUUGCACCAGCAGUAUACGAAGUUGUUGGCGGAGACAGCCUUAUACAAGGUGCGAAGGUAG